AGCGCGCGGGGCGCAGAGGCGGCAGCCAAGAUGGCGGCGCGGGUGUCGCAGGGCCCGGCAGCCCGCGGGCGCUCUUAGGCCGCGGCCCCCCCCGCCCCGCCGACCCCGGGCGGGCCCCCCGCCGUCCCGGCCCCUCCCGCCCUCCGGCAGCGGCGGCCGGCAGGAUGCUGCCCUCGCAGGAAGCCUCCAAGCUGUACCAUGACAACUACGUGCGGAACUCGCGCGCCAUCGGCGUGCUCUGGGCCAUCUUCACCAUCUGCUUCGCCAUCAUCAACGUGGUGGUCUUCAUCCAGCCCUACUGGGUGGGCGACAGCGUCAACACGCCCAAGCCCGGGUACUUCGGGCUGUUCCACUAUUGCGUGGGCAGCGGGCUGGCGGGCCGGGAGCUGUCAUGCCGUGGCUCCUUCACCGACUUCAGCACCAUCCCCUCGGGCGCCUUCCAGGCGGCCGCGUUCUUCGUGCUGCUCUCCAUGGUGCUGACGCUGGGCUGCAUCACCUGCUUCGCCCUAUUCUUCUUCUGCAACACCGCCACCGUCUACAAGAUCUGCGCCUGGAUGCAGCUGCUGGCAGCGCUCUGCCUGGUGCUGGGCUGUAUGAUCUUUCCUGAUGGCUGGGACGCAGAGACCAUACGGGACAUGUGCGGGGAGAAGACAGGGAAAUACUCCCUGGGCGACUGCUCCGUGCGCUGGGCUUACAUCCUGGCCAUCAUCGGCAUCCUCAACGCUCUCAUCCUUUCCUUCCUGGCCUUUGUUCUUGGCAACCGGCAGAACGACCUGCUGCACGAGGAGCUCAAGACAGAGAGCAAAGAUUUUGUUGGCACUGCGAGGAUAUAAGGCCGACCGUCCGCAGCAGGACCCUCUUCCCAUGGCCGGCAGCCUGGGCGCUCCCUCCCUCUCUUGCCCUUCGUCUGCUGCCAGCGGCCACACAGCGUCCCGCGCCGCCCCCC